GUUAUCACUCAUAAUCGAACAUUAGAAUUGCUUAUCCUAACUUAUGCACCCUUGCCAAAUUCAGUGUGCGAUCUAGGAAAGGGGGAGUACAUAAUGCGCCUUUAAAACUAAGUUUGCAGUGUAGAUGGAAUGAGGUCAGACAGAAAGCUUCUCAUUGCACGCGCCGAUUAUUAUUAGAUACUAUAUUCAGCCAAUGAACGGCGACGGGGCGUGGCUUUGGCAGAGUAAAGGCUAGUGACAGCAGCUGAUUGGCUGGUUUCUCUUUCCUUUAUACCUUCGGAAAAGGAUAAAUCCUUGUGAGGCGGUUUAGCAGAAGUAUUGAAAGUUGUGAAGGGUGAUAGGAAGCUCAGAGCAUGAAAAAGUGCAGUCGCCUAAACCUACCGCAUGGUCAUACGACAAACUAUGCUGAAGACACUUGUCCGUUUCCAUUAAGCGGCUUCAGAUACUUCGCGUCCAGAGCGCACUCUGGGUUCGUUUUCAGUCGAACCGGCAGUUGAACGGUAGACUGUUGAUUUUGACAUUGCCGGGACUUGACAGAGCUCCUGACGGGGAUAUGCGCCUUUGUGGACGGCGUGCUGAACCAAGAGACAGUCGGCAGCAACAGCAACUUUUGUUUCCACGCUGACUAAAUCAUAUUUCGCACAAGUGUGAAGAAGAAGAAAGAUUCUUAGCGCUCUCAACGCGUUUCAAGCUGCAACACGUGUAGGAUUUUCGUGCGCAAUUAAAAGUUGAGACUGUUGUAGUGAGUGACCUGACUAUGGUGGAGCAGACGCACAUCAGCAACAACAGUGACGUGCUCCCCGGCGAGUCCACUGAUUCUGGGGAGAUGGACCUAGACAUGGACGCCUCCCCGACUCCCGGCUCUCCAAACUCGGCUGGGGAUAAAAUGGACAUAGCCUGGUGCAAAACCCCAUCUGGACACAUCAAGAGGCCAAUGAACGCCUUCAUGGUUUGGUCGCAGAUAGAGAGGCGCAAGAUUAUGGAACAGUCGCCCGACAUGCACAACGCGGAGAUCUCCAAGAGACUCGGCAAGCGCUGGAAACUUUUAAAAGACAGCGACAAGAUCCCCUUCAUCCGCGAGGCCGAGCGUCUGCGGCUCAAGCACAUGGCAGACUACCCAGACUACAAAUAUCGUCCACGGAAGAAGGUGAAGUCAUCCAGCGGCAAGACUGGGGAGAAGGCGGAGCGCGUGAGCGGCAGCCCCGGCGCGAAAUCUGCAUCCAGAAAGAGCUCGAAAACUCUCAACAGGACGCACAGAAAGUCCACGGCGCUUGAGCUGACCCCCCACUCCGUCCCUGCAGACCACCACACUCUCUACAAGUCCAGGUCCGCCGCCAAACAGAUACCCGAGAAACCAGCAAAGCGCGGGCAUGUGUUCGGGGGAUGCAGCUCCGAUAGCAGCCCGCCCUCUGUCGCCGUGCCGGCCAGCCCCACUCUGAGCAGCUCAGCGGAAUCCAGCGACCCGCUGAGCCUGUAUGAGGACGGGCUCGCGAGCGGAAAGGAAGACGCCGAGCCCCCAGCGCGCUUCAAGUACACCCGCGCGCCGUCUCCGACGCCCUCCGCAUCGCACUCGUCCUCCUCGCAGUCGUCCUCUUCGGAUGAGGAGUUCGAGGACGAGCUGGCGGACCCCAGUCCCGGCUUUGACAGUUUCAGCACCUUUGGCACCGCGCCUCUAGACAGAGAUUUGGAGUUCAACUUUGAGUCGGGCUCCGGCUCGCACUUUGAGUUCCCCGACUACUGCACCCCAGAGGUGAGCGAGUUGAUAUCAGGGGACUGGCUCGAAUCGACAAUAUCCAACUUGGUGUUUACUUACUGAGAGCUAGUAGUGAAAGGACAGAUUGAAAAAUGACUGGAGGGCUGCAAAAAUCCUCCGAGACGAGUCAGAUGAUGAGUCAACGACAUGAUUCCUCGUGUUUAUCAUGCAUCAGAUACUGUGGGUUCUCAUUAUCCACUGACAAGAGUGCAGAUGAAAGUGCUUAGCUUGCUCGUUUGGUGCUUGGAAGGAGGCGCGCUUUGGACGCAGAUGAGGAAGGCAUUGCUCGAUGGCGAGUUAACGUUGUGCGCCCUCUUCGACUUCAAAAAGGGACGUUUUUAAACAAGAAAAGUCUGGUCAUAUGCUUGUUUUGAUGGAGGUACUGAAUGGAGAGCAUGCGAUCGAUUCGUCGCGCUCGCGCUCGCGCUUGAGAUUGUUUACCUGUGUUAGACCAGCAUCGCAUGCUUUCAUUGACUUAAGGCUGUUGAGAAGCGUAACUGGUGUUGAUUCGUUGAAACCGAAUGGCAGCGCCGUAUCAGACGCAAAAACAAACGCAAUCACCAGCUUUCCUGUCGUCAUGACAUCAGGAUUCAGACGCAACUCAGAUGAUUCAACUCUUUUACACUACAAAUCAGGACCAAAAAUCAUCCGAGGAGCGUUUUUUUCUCUCUCUGCCUUUUACUUUUUCAUCCUCGUAACUUUUCAGCGCUGGCAUUUUUAUACCGAUGUAUUUAUAUAACGACCAAACAUUGCUUCUCUUCCCCACUCCGUCACUUGUGUUCUAGUCAGUCUGUUGUGUGUAUAGGCUUCACAUGCACAUGUCCGUCUGUUUCGCGGAAGGGCUAGACUUGUUUCGUAUUAUUUAAUUGAUGACCUCUCACAUGGAACGGAGAUUAAAUGUUUCAUUAUUUUCUGAGUGUAUUUUUGUACAAAAUAUAUCGAGGGGGUGUCAAUCGGUGAAUAUCGCUGUUUGGAUUUCCGAUUAUUAAAGCCAGGGGGGUUGGGUUGUCUCCAAAAUCUACUCCCUAAACAUGUUUACAGUGUCAAGCCACAGGCUUCUUAAAGAGACAGUAUCCGCAUUUCAACGACCAAUCGUCAUUAGCCUGUGAUGCGCGCGCUGACUGAGGUUGUAUGUAGCUGCAGCAGCGACAGCUGCGAUUUAUAGCGUCCUUAUUGGGGAUACUGUACCUUCUGAAUACCAAUUUCUUUGUGCUUUUAUAGUGACACGUUUCGGUUUGAACCACUGGAUGGAAUUACGGAUACGGUCGAAAUGUCUAUAAUUCAUGAACAAUGAAGUAUGUCUUCACUCCAUAAUUGUACCAGGAUAUUUAAUCUUUUCUACUUGUUGGCUAAAUGUAGCUAAUUGUUUUAGUAUAUUAUGGCAUGGCGAAUAGCAUUUUGUAUUUCUCAAUUCAGGUUUAUGUAGAGCAGUUGUGUUUAAGGCAGAGGAUCAACAUGAAGAAUUCUAUGUACAUUGACUGUAAAAUAAGUAAAAGAUUGCGUGUUUACGUCUGACGAUGAUAUAUCACGACAGGAACAAGAACAUAUAUCUUUAUACAUCCCUAUGUUUAAGAGUGUUGUUCAUGACUUUUGGAAUAUAUAGAUGUUUUAUUGUUUUAUUUUGUGCAAUAUGCUGUGUACAAUAGUUUUGUCUUGCCAUACCAUAUCUCAACAUUUGAGUAGUGAACUCAAAAGCCAGCCAAUUGUGUCAAGUCACUGCCUGUCAGACCUCUGUACAGAACUUUGUCUUUUUCCAAGAAGGAAAUAAAAUCAGCUGGAACUGAACAUCA